AUGAGCGUGAACGUUUUUGGAACGAUUGUGGAUCCAGCCGUCACUCCUCUCCAUGGAGGAGAGUGUGGAAAGCGUCUGGUGCCACAUGUUAUUGACGCGACGGCCAGCGCAACUCCAGACGCCGAGUGUUUUUCAAUCCCACGGACCCCUGGCCGCCCUACCGAUGGGUGGAAGGUCAUCACCUGGGCUCAAGUUGCCAACGCCGUCAACUAUGUAGCUCACAUGCUCAUUAAAAAAGGCGGAAAACCGGAACCCAGGACGUUUCCCACUGUCGCCUACAUCGGCCUAGAGGAUCCGCGGUACACAGUCUUUGUGGUCGGUGCAGUUAAGGCCGGCUACCAAGCCUUGUUCAUCUCACCACGUAACUCGGUUCAAGCCCAGCUAAACCUGUUCGAGAAGACCAAUUGCAACCUACUAUACCAUGAUUCUCAGUACGCAUCCUUGGUUAAGCCAUGGGUGGAUGGGCGACCAGGCAUGGAGAGUGAGGCUAUCGCACCAUGGGAACAAUGGGUUGCUGAGGAGGUGGCGCCAUUUCCAUACCUCAAGACCUUCGCUGAGGCUGAAUGGGACCCUUAUGUAGUGUUGCACACAAGCGGCAGCACCGGCCUUCCCAAGCCGAUUGUCAUCAGCCAGGGCAAGCUUGCCUUGAACGAUCUGCACCGGGCCGUCCCGCCGUAUGAGGGAAAUUUGCCAUGGCUGCCGACGUGGACCAGCUUUGAGAAUAGCCGUUACCUCCUCAUCUUCCCUCUGUUCCACACCGCAGGUAUCAUGACCUCAACCUUGUGUGGCUUUUAUUAUAAUGCACCAAUUGCGUUCCGUGACCCAUCGGUGCCGAUCACCGGCGACAAUGUUGUUGACUGGUUGCAGAACUCGAACCCGGGGUGGACACUCAUGCCCCCAGCUACACUGGAACAGAUGUCGCGCUCGCCGGUGGCCAUAGAGGAGCUUAGAAAGCUGAAUGUUGCAGGAUUCGCCGGAGGCAAUGUAGCUCCCGUCCCAGCCAACCACUUGCUAAGCGAGGGGGUUCACUUGGUCAAUGCCAUAGGUUCAACUGAAUAUAUUUACUUCACUUAUUACUCACAGCCUGAUCCCGCUCUUUGGGCGUGGUUUAUCAUCCCGACGGAGAUGAUAGGCAUUGACUGGCGACCUUUCGGUGAUGGAACAUAUGAGCAAGUCGUUGUUCGUCAGAAUAAGGACCACCCUGGGCUGCAGGCUUGCUUCUAUGUCUUCCCUGAAUUAGACGAGUUCAGCACCAAGGAUCUUUACCGACCGCACCCAACUCUGGCUAACCACUGGACCUACGUGGGUCGGGCCGAUGACAUUAUUGUCUUCUCGACCGGAGAGAAGCUCAACCCGACAACAAUUGAAGGCGCCGUCAUGGGCCACGCGGGAGUCCUUGGUGCCCAGGUUGUUGGUACCAAACAAUUCCAUGCCGCCUUACUCAUCGAGCCGGUCCAGCCUCCUGAGACUGAACAAGAUAAACAGCGGUUCAUUGAUGAAAUCUGGCCCAUCGUUGAGAAAGUCAAUAUCGAGACAGUGGCUCACGGCCGUAUAUCUCGCGAAUAUAUCUUCUUAUCGGACCCGGAACGCCCCUUUCCCCGCGCCGGAAAGGGUACCAUUCAACGUGCCAUGACGGUCAAGGUCUACGAGAGCGAUAUUGAGAAGAUCUUCGAGGUCGGGCGUGACGUGACGGCCCUGGCAGUCGACCUUGAUAUCUCAUCUCAACCAGCUUUUGUCAAUGGGGUGCACGCCGCGAUACAGAGCGUGACCAAGUUACCUACACUGGGCAUGGAUGAUGAUAUUUUUGCUGCGGGUGUUGACUCACUCCAAGUAAUUCAACUGGCACGGGUCCUUCGCGUCAGUCUAGCGGCAGCCGGUGUGCAGUUCAGUGAAUCCGCCCUUGAGCCGCGGACCAUUUACACCUACCCCACGAUCACGCAACUGGCAAAAUACGCUUACUCUCUUGUAUCAUCCCCCACCUCCGCCGCCGCCGUGGCGGAUGAUAGCGCAGUCUGUCGCGCCCUGGUGGACAAAUACACCCAAAAUCUCCCAGCCACUAUCCCCAACAAGCCCGCUCCCGCUGACGAAAGUCAAGUCCUCAUCAUCACUGGUACUACCGGCACGAUAGGCUCCUACCUACUGGACAUAGCCAUAGCGAAUCCUCGAGUACGCCACAUUUUCUGUCUGAACCGAGCCGCCGACGGCCAGGCCCGCCAAACCGAGGCGAGUGCAUCCCGAGGCCUGUCGACGGACUUCACGCGGGCCGAAUUCCUCCAGGUUGAUCUGGCCGAACCGACACUCGGUCUGGCAGCUGAUAAUUACGACCGACUCGCACGAGAGGCAGACCGCGUGAUCCAUAACGCUUGGCCCGUCAACUUUAAUCUUUCGAUUGCCUCCUUUGAACCACACCUCCGCGGAGUUCGAAACCUAGUCGACUUUGUUGUGCGUGCCCAAAAAAAUGUGCCAAUCACCUUCAUCUCCAGCGUAGGCACGGUGGACCACUGGCCGAAACCAAACGGAGUCGUGCCGGAAACUGCUCUGGAAGACUGGUCUCUCGCUGGAACGGGAUACGGUCAAUCCAAACUCGCCAGUAGCAUGAUUCUUGACGCCGCAGCUACUUCAUCUGGCGUGUCGAGAGCCAUCAUUCGGGUCGGACAGGUUGGUGGUCCGCGUGGAGCACAAGGCCAAUGGAAUCCACAGGAGUGGGUGCCCAGCUUGGUGCGCAGCUCCGUCUACCUCGGACUUCUGCCUGAUUCUCUGGGCGCAAUGGGCCACCUAGGCUGGGUGCCGGUAGAGGACGUUGCCAAUGUGGUGCUGGAGGUAUCUGGGGUGACCGCCCCUGUGUCUGUGGAUGAGUUCCACGGGUACUUCCAUGCGUUGAAUAAGAAUGUCACAGAUUGGCCAAAUCUGGUACCCACUUUGCGCGAGUUCUAUGGCGAGCGCAUUAAGCAAGUGGUGCCAUUGAAGGAAUGGGUAGAUGCCUUGGAGAAAAGCCAGGUGCAUGCUGGGGAUGUGGAGCAAAAUCCUGCGGUGAAGCUGCUCGAUACGUUCCGUUUGGCUGCCACGGGCGCCGGAAACGCUUACUCGUUUGCAACAACGCGCACUGAAGAGUACAGCUCCACUAUGCGGCAGAUGGAGGCGGUUUCACCCCAGUUGAUGAGACAUUGGUGUGAACAAUGGAAGUUUUGA